GAUCGAAUGCUUACCUUUUUGCCCCUGUAACCCAUUUUUGCCUUAGAUUUUGUUCCCUGUCUGUCUUCAAAAUGGACGGGGGAAUGGCCGAGAAAACCUGGGAGAUGACAAACAACAUGGAAACGAUUCAAAGUAUGGAUGAAAUCUACAAAUAUGACAAAAAACAACAGCAAGAAAUUCUGUCUGCAAAACCUUGGACAAAAGACAACCACUAUUUCAAGUACAUCAAGAUCUCGGCCUUAGCUCUACUCAAGAUGGUGAUGCACGCUCGCUCAGGAGGAAACCUAGAGGUCAUGGGAUUGCUCAUUGGAAAGGUUGAUGGAGAGACCAUGAUUGUGAUGGACUGCUUUGCUUUACCGGUUGAAGGCACAGAGACGCGGGUCAAUGCACAGGCGGCAGCUUAUGAAUACAUGGCAGCGUACAUUGAGAACGCCAAACAGGUUGGUCGACUGGAGAAUGCAAUAGGCUGGUACCACAGCCAUCCAGGUUAUGGAUGUUGGCUAUCGGGUAUUGACGUAGGGACCCAGAUGUUGAACCAGCAGUUUCAGGAACCGUUUGUUGCUAUUGUGAUUGAUCCAGUGAGGACCAUUUCAGCUGGUAAAGUAAAUCUUGGUGCAUUCAGAACAUACCCAAAGGGUUACAAGCCCCCCGAUGAGGGACCUUCCGAGUACCAGACCAUCCCCUUGAACAAGAUCGAGGACUUUGGGGUGCACUGCAAGCAGUACUACUCCCUCGAUGUGUCAUACUUCAAGUCGGCGCUGGAUCGCAAACUCCUAGAGUCGCUCUGGAAUAAAUACUGGGUGAACACACUCAGCUCCUCAAGUCUCAUAACGAAUUCGGACUACACCACGGGACAGAUCGGUGACCUGUCUGAGAAGUUGGAACAAGCGGAAGCUCAGCUUGGUAGAGGGAGUUUCAUGCUUGCCAUGGAUCAUGAAAAGAAAGCAGAGGACAAAUUGGCUAAGGCUACUAAAGACAGUUGCAAGACAACAAUAGAAGUUAUCCACGGUCUCACAUCACAAGUCAUCAAGAAUAGACUUUUUAACCAGGUUAAUAACCACUGACUAAUGGUUAGCCAAACUAGUUUUAAACUAGUUAACCAGCUUAUUGCAACCACCAUUUGCUUGUAUAAAGCAAAGUGCUGUCUAUGACCGCAGCAAAGGGCAACACCUUUUAAAGCAUUUUAAUGCAGGUUUUGCAGAAGCGACUCACAAGUUAUUUUUUUCUGAGCUGGAUAAGCAUGCCUGAUAUGUCCCAGAGGGUGCCCCUAAAAAUAAUGUAUCCAUGCCCAACCACACUCACUCUUUUCCCCUUGUACAGAAGUCACUCCCCAUAAAAUUCUCUACAGAGUUGCCAACUCUCCCUUAUUCUGCAGAAGGUUCCCUAAAAAUAAACCAGUCUUUCCAUGUUCUGACGAACCAAUUUGACAACCUCCCUGAUUAUUCAAACUUUUUCCCUGUUGGAGUGAAUGUCGUUCUUAAUACCUGUAUCUCCGUGAUUGGUGUACAAAAUCUCCCUGAUUGCCAGAUGUAAAUGUCGGCAGCUCUGCCUCUAAAUAAUUCCUGAGAUUUCAAGAAGAAAAUGAAGACACAAGGGGGGUGGCGGGGGGGCCUCACCAGGCCACAUUUCAAGUACCGAAUGUGAUAAAUAUUUAGCAAAGAAUUCUGCAAAGUCUAUUAAGAGCAGCAAGUUACAACAAUACGGGCGAUGUGCAUAAUACAGUGUGCCGUCGACAGUUUGGCUAGGGGGCUUUUGAAGUGUAGCAUGCAGAAAAGAUCUCAACGUUUUGGGCCUUACGCAGGACCCACCGCAUCACCGUGGUAGUUUGAAGUUUGUAUGUGGUUUGCAAAGUAGCAAGGCCGAGUUUGUCAGUGUUUAUUGUAUAAGAUGAUUGCUUGUGUAAAGCCAUCCUUGGGUCGAUCUGCCAUUUUUAUUGCACUGCCACGGCGCCAUCAUCAUCAAGCAAAAAUUUCACACUUGGGUCAAAAUCGUUUGAUCAUCAUGGAACAAGGUCACCCGGUCUUCCGCGAUCAACAAGAAACAAUGAUAAUAAUAAUAAUACUGUAGUCUUACAUACACCAAGUAGUGGCACUGGUUUGGAACCACUUUGUUGGCGUAAGCUCCUGUGAAAUGAGCAGACUUUCAUUGGAAUUCUGAGCAUAUAGUCUUGCUUAUUGUUUUUUAGCUAAUGGUUAGAUCACAAGGUUUUCACAUAAUCUAACCAAGUUUCGGUAACCCAAUCCACACCAGAGUGAUAACUGCGUCUAGUUAUCUCACUCCUCUAUACAAAUAUGUUCUCUAAUUCUUGCAUCGCGAACACAAACAAAUUGUGCCCUUUGCUGAUGUAAAAACACAGCACUGCGGUUUUGGAGUCAUACAGUAUACAUGGUAUACCGUAUGUUAAAAAUUGUUGCUGAUAGCAAGUGUACUUUGCUAUGUUGUUAAAAGGUUUAAUUUUAAAGGAAAAAGUAAUCAACACUGAUACUCAUAAACAAACUGCUUGUUGUGGGUUCUAGUUUUUUUUAAAAUAGCUUUUCCGUAUUUUAUUAUAAAAAGAAAAUCUGCAUACAAUAACCAAUACAUUUUGACAUAAUAUAAUUGUUAACAAAAUAAAAAGAAAUUACAUAAGAGAAAAAAAAAAUAUUAAACCAUCACCACCUACCUUUACUUUGAUAAUACUUUAAGUACCAAUUGAUUUGCUUUUUAAAGCAUUUCAUAUAAAAUAAACAGAUUUCAACUUGAUAUGUAACUUUUUAACUACCAAUAAUCCAUAAGAAGUUUUAAAGCGCCUUAUUUUUGACCGCGUAAGGGCACUCUCAUCUCAAUAGUAUUUUAUCACUUCCGGGGGUAUACGUGAUCGUCCUGCACAUUUUUAAUAGACGUUCUGUCACUUUUGUUGCGCUAUAGUUUUAAGUUGCUUUAGAGGUGGAUUAUAACAGCUCCUUCAAAAGUCUUACUCUCCGUGACGAAUUAAAUGUCUGUGGUGAUAAUGCAUUCCAGUAUUCAAUAACAGUUUUGGAUAUGAAUGAAUACACCCCCGGAAGUGAUUGAGAGCGCCCUCACAGUUACAAACAUGGUACAUUGCAUGGUUCAGGCGAUUAUUUCCGGAGUUGAGAGUUUUUCCACUGAUAACCUUUCACCUUCAGAUUUUCUUCAAAAAAGUUGAAGUUUCGUAAUACAAAGACAGCAUCUUAUAAAAAGCCUUUUAUUUCCGAACGCGUCUAAUUCAAAGGCAUAGUGUAAAAAAAGAGCUUUUAUUUAAAGUUAAAUUCCGCUGGGCGUUUACAGAGAAUACAAAGUAUUUAUGGGCCACCUGAUUUGUUCACAUUGUUUUGUAGUUUAUAAUAAUACAAAACAAUCAUUAAGAGGUAUAACAACUGUACUUAAAAAAAAAUUAAAAAAAUUGUGCAUUUUUUCACACUACAAAGUCAACUAAAACUGCCAGAAAAGUAAUCAGAUAAAGUCUGUUUGAAUUUGGGAGAAAACCCCACAAUA